GGGGACGCCCGAACCACUCCUUUUGAGUGCCUGGGUGCCGCGGCUGCCGCGUGAGUCUGCUGCACUCCAUGAGGAAGAUGCUUGCCGCUGUGUCCCGCGUGUUGGCAGGCGCUGCGCAGAAGCCGGCAAGCAGAGUGCUGGUAGCUUCCCGUAAUUUCGCAAAUGAUGCUACAUUUGAGAUUAAGAAAUGUGACCUUCACCGGCUAGAAGAGGGCCCUCCAGUCACCACAGUGCUCACCAGAGAGGAUGGGCUCAAGUACUACAGGAUGAUGCAGACUGUGCGCCGGAUGGAGCUAAAGGCAGAUCAGCUGUAUAAGCAGAAAAUUAUCCGUGGUUUCUGUCACUUGUGUGAUGGUCAGGAAGCCUGCUGUGUGGGCCUGGAGGCUGGCAUAAACCCCACGGACCAUCUCAUCACUGCCUACCGGGCUCAUGGCUUCACCUUCACUCGGGGCCUACCUGUCCGAGCAAUCCUUGCGGAGCUAACAGGACGAAGAGGGGGCUGUGCUAAAGGGAAAGGCGGAUCAAUGCACAUGUACGCCAAGAACUUCUAUGGGGGCAAUGGCAUCGUUGGAGCUCAGGUGCCCCUGGGAGCAGGAAUUGCUCUGGCCUGCAAGUACAAUGGAAAAGAUGAGGUCUGUUUGACAUUAUACGGCGAUGGGGCUGCUAAUCAGGGUCAAAUAUUUGAAGCUUACAAUAUGGCAGCAUUGUGGAAAUUACCUUGUAUCUUCAUCUGUGAGAAUAACCGAUAUGGCAUGGGCACUUCGGUUGAGAGAGCAGCAGCCAGCACUGAUUACUACAAAAGAGGAGAUUUUAUUCCUGGACUGAGGGUAGAUGGAAUGGAUAUCUUGUGUGUCCGAGAGGCAACAAAGUUUGCAGCUGCCUACUGCAGGUCUGGUAAGGGGCCCAUCCUGAUGGAGCUACAGACUUAUCGCUACCAUGGACAUAGUAUGAGUGACCCUGGAGUCAGUUACCGCACUCGAGAAGAAAUCCAGGAAGUAAGAAGUAAGAGCGACCCUAUUAUGCUUCUCAAGGAUAGAAUGGUGAACAGCAAUCUUGCAAGUGUGGAAGAAUUAAAGGAGAUUGAUGUGGAAGUGAGGAAAGAAAUCGAGGAUGCUGCCCAGUUUGCCACGGCUGAUCCAGAGCCACCGUUGGAGGAGCUAGGCUAUCACAUCUACAGCAGUGAUCCUCCCUUUGAAGUGCGUGGUGCCAACCAGUGGAUCAAGUUUAAGUCAGUCAGUUAAUGGGAGACUGUUAGAUGGAUGGGUGUUCCUCAUCUGUUGUAAGAACUCUUUGUGCUCUCAACUUUGACAGGAAAUACCCAGACAACAAAGGUCUUGAAAACAUGUAAAUUAAGGGAGAGUAAAAAUUGCAUGUGGUUUGUACAUUGUUGUAUUCGGUGUAUUCAUGUGAAUAAGAGUGUAUUUGUAUAGGAUUUGAGAUGGGUAAUGAAGAGUUCAUAACCUUCCUUCACUUCAUCAUAUCCUAGGUCAGUUACUAAAAGGACUAACUGUGCCAUUUGGUGGUGUGAUCAUAGCUAUGAAUGACCUCAUGGAGGCAUGCUGGGAUUAAUGCAAAGCAUAGGUAGAAGUGUAGCGGCCACCACAAAUUGUGAAGGCUGGACUUGGUUUGGCACUGACCAUCAUGUCUGAUCACAGGCUAUAUAUAAUCAGUCAUGUGUUUUAAAAUAAUUUAAUUUUCUCCACAUAGUAAGGCACACCUUUUUUAACCUUUCACACUUAAGUAAUUACACUAGUAUAUAAAAUACGUAUGCUUUUAUUUUUCCAGCAAUUGCUAUAAGGUAUGCUAACAUUUUAAAUACUAGGUCAGGGUUGACAUUACUUACAAUCAUGUUUAUAAACAAGGAUGCUCUAAAAUCACACGUGCUUGAAUGAAAUGAACAAGGGUCUUCCUGUGUAAACGCGGGGUUUGUGUGUAUACUAAUAGAAGCUUUAGUCAUAAGCAGGUGUGGGGUAGUUUUUGCUCAUUCUUCGCAGCUUGGCUCAUUGUGAGGACUCCUGCAUCUGUCUUCUGUGCUGGGAGACUGCAUGCCAGAGCCUACAGAGGACACCACCACUGCAAGACAAUAAUUUGCUUAAGAAAAACAAACUUGAAGGCAGCCAUCUACUCUUCAAAUGUCAUCUGUAACUUAAGAGCAAAAAAAGUAUGUUGCCUUUUUCUGGACAUGGUACCAUAGGAACGCUGGUGGCUUUGUGUAGAGGCGUGGGCAUUUAAACAAGAGUGUAAAAAGAAAGGUCUAUCACCUCAUGCCUUGUUACCUUGAACCUGAGAAAAUGAGCUGUGUUUGCUACGACAUAGGAAAAAUAAAUUUCAAAGAUAGGGGGACGCUACCAGCAUGUAAAUGUAUUCACAUGAAGAAAUUUCUAUUAUUUAACUGUUUGGAGGCUCUCUUACCGUAGUCUGAGGCACCUUAGGUCUUCCUUAGUGAUAUCAUUGAGAAUAUCAGAAAGUGUAUAAUCCUCUUCAACAAUCUGAAAGAGUCGAUGUAUGGAUAAGCAGCUUUUCAACAAUAUCAUAGGAAUACUUUGAUUUAGAAAUUUACCUUUUCUAUUGUAUUUGCAUCCACUCCUUGUAGUUGCAACCAGUCUAUAAGCUCUCUGUCAGUUCCAAGUCCAUCAGGGGGCGGUGGGUUCUCUGUACCACCUAUAAUGAUUCCAAUUUUGUUUUAUUUGUAUUGUAAUGUAUAACCAUAAACUGCUUCAAAAGUAACAAAGUGGAUGUAAUGAUGUAUCCAAACAGAAAUGUAAAUGUGAUGUGAAAAGGAAAUGAAUUAAACUUGUUUGAUUCAACUAC